AAAACUCUCGGCAGAAGCGUUGAGAUUCGGUGAGUAUUUUCCACAAUCCUACCAAGCCUUGACGUGUAUUAACUUGCUCUUCCUUAGUUUCAUGUCAGAAGAGGCCGCCUUCCGGGCUAUAGAGAAGUUGAACAAUCAGAUCAUCCCCGAAAUCUGUGACAAUCAAAUCCUCACAGUCAGCCACCCUAUCGGUUCCCAAUAUUAUCAACCUCGGCCACGACCAAACAACAAGAAGCCAUACCGCCCGGACCAGGCGAUUUACCCCGAGGAUAAACCAGGCCACGUCACUGCCGAGCCUUGUCGUCCGUUUUCUCCAGAACUAGGCUCAUAUUCGACGAGUCGUACCGCCUAUGCUGAUCCAAUCCAGCAUCAUUCUGGUAACCAUAAGCCCGCACCAUCUAAUGUUGCAAUGCCUCAGGCGCCAGCCUACCAGCCUUACAUUUCUGAGCACCCACAAAGAUUCCCUUCAUCUUCUCUCAAUAGUACCACACCGGCCGAGGCUGGUUUUGUCAUCACCAUGCAACCCCACCUCCCCACAACAGGGCAACGACCCCAUUCACCACACCCCAUCCUUGAUGCUGUGAGCAACCAGGCUAUCUCAGAACGAGAGGAGUCGUUAGAGGUUGAGUCUCACCCUUUCCAGCCUACGAUUGGGCCGGCGCCUGAAGAAGCACAUACAGACAAACGUCAGAUGAGAUACGGAGGACAGCCGGAAGGUAAUGCUCAAGGUGAAAACACAGCUGCAAAGAAAGAGCUCAUAGACGCCGAUGAUAGCCCCGAUAUUGUCACUCAUCACCCUAGCAAGGGAAAUCGCAAUUUUCUUCCUAUAGACUGGAUUGAGCCUGGCUCUUCCAUUGACGGCCGUCUUUCUCCACCAAAUACGUUUCAAGACCACAAAAUCGCCGACCGGCCUGAUACAAUUAACAAUGCGCCUUACAAGACACAUGCGACGACAUCGUCUCUGGAUAUGUUGCUAAAGUACACCACUCAGUUGGAUAACAUUCAUCAUCAGCCACCUUUCCCUCAAAAUCCAAACCGGCAAUCAUCGCGUCCUUAGUAUGGACAAGGAAAUGCAGUUAUCCGUGG